AUGCGUUACCGUAAAAUUAAUUAUAUUGAAGACUAUAAUUACCGUUUAGAGAUAGUACAACAACCGAAACAGGCAUCUUUAAUUGACACGUUAACUUAUGAAGAUAAAACGAUGAUGCCACAUAGGAACCUGCUUGGAAAUUCGGUAAUCAACCCACAAAAAUUAUAUGGAUUAGAUGAUGAUUUGGGAUUAUGGUUCACGUUUAAUGAUCUUAGUGUGCGUAAAGAAGGCGAUUAUAUGUUGCGUUUUAGGUUAUUUUAUAACGGACGGUUACCGAAUAUCGUUAAUGAUAUCGGAUAUGAAUAUAUCAGCGAAAUAACUUUCACUGAAUCAAGGCCAUUUGUCGUUUACAAAAAAACCCAAUUUCCAGGAGACAUCGAGCCAACUUCGUUAUCAAUUAAUUUUUACGAGCAAGGUGUGAACAUUCCAUUAGGUUCCAGCGUUCGGAGAAAUUCUAGUAGCAAGUACGUUGAAGUCAUAUCCGUUAUCAAUGAAAAUGAUUAUUUUGAAAAUUUUUAUGAUGACGACGAGUUCCACAGCGACUUUUAUGAAGAAUUAUCGGAUGACGAUAAAAUGAAUGUAGAUGAAUCUUAA